AUGGCCAGCGCGAAGCUCCUGUGCGUGGUGGCGGCGCUCGGCUGCCUGCUGGCGCCCCGGGUCCGAGCCAACAAGAGCUCUGAGGACAUUCGGUGCAAGUGCAUCUGCCCGCCGUACCGCAACGUCAGCGGCCACAUCUACAAGCAGAACGUGUCGCAGAAGGACUGCAACUGCCUGCACGUGGUGGAGCCCAUGCCGGUGCCCGGGCACGACGUGGAGGCCUACUGCCUGCUGUGCGAGUGCCAGUACGAGGAGCGCAGCACCACCACCAUCAAGGUGAUCAUCGUCAUCUACCUGUCGGUGGUGGGCGCGCUGCUGCUGUACAUGGCCUUCCUGAUGCUGGUGGACCCGCUGAUCCGCAAGCCGGACGCCUACACCGAGCGGCUGCACAACGAGGAGGAGAGCGAGGACGCCCGCUCCGUGGCUGCCGCCGUGGCCUCGCUGGGCGGCGCCCGGGCCAACACGGUGCUGGAGCGCGUGGAGGGGGCGCAGCAGCGCUGGAAGCUGCAGGUGCAGGAGCAGAGGAAGACGGUGUUCGACCGGCACAAGAUGCUCAGCUAG